AUGUCUGAUGCACCCGAAGCACCGGAUUCAUGGAUCACCGUAGAAUACCUGGGUCGACUCGCCAUUCUAAUCAUCAACCGCCCCCAUAAGCUCGGCGCCUUGACAAAAGACGGGUUCUACCUCUUGACCCAGCGCCUGCGAGAAAUAGAUACACACGACGAAGUCUUCAUCACCAUCCUCACCGGAACCGGAAGAUUCUUCAGCGCUGGCGUAGACGUCUCAACCAGCCGGCCCGUCGAGCCCGGCACCGACAUCUGGCGCGAUUCCCUCAGGGAAACGGUGUCCCACACGCUCAACUCCACCGAAGCAUUUUACACGCAUUCCAAGAUCCUGGUGACGGCUCUGAAUGGCCCUGUUGUUGGUAUCGCGGCGGCGCUGAUUUCGUUUUCUGAUUUCAUAUUCUGCGCGCCCCACACUUACCUGCUUACCCCUUUUACGAGCCUUGGGCUUAUCGCUGAAGGCGGCGCUUCAGUGGGGUUUGUGCGGCGUAUGGGGGUAACUAGGGCGACGGAGGCGCUGCUUACAAGUCGGAAGAUACUGGCAGAUGACCUGCUAGCGUGUGGCUUUGUCAAUAAGAUCUUUGAGGAUUGCGGUGAAGGCGAGGAUGAGAAAUUAAGGGAGCGGGUUAUUGCACAUGUUGAUGAGAUUUUGGGGGAGCAUCUUGUGGGAUCGAGCUUGCUUGAGACGAAGAAGUUUCUUCUGAUGGGGAUGAAGGGGCAGAUUGAUCAGAGUUUGGUAGCGGAGUUGAUGGGGGGGCUGAAGAGGCAGGUCUUGGGGAUUCCACAGAGGGAGUUUGAGAAGAUUAGGACGGGGGAGAAGAGACAUAAGUUGUAA